AUGCCGAGCCAAACUGAGCAGUGGAUCCGCACUUCGUUGCGCACCCCGGGCAUUUUUAUCUUCGGAAUGGUCCUUGCCCCUUGCGGCUGGAUCCUAAACCUCACAGCGACAGUCUCUCCCAACUGGAGAACCAUCCACACUAUCCCCUCAAACCCGCCUGAUACGUUCCUUCAGCAAGGCAUCUGGGACAUAUGCCUGGCGUCCGACUCAUCCCGAGUGGUCCUCUGUAACCAAAAUGACAUAACCUACUUCAACAACCAGAUUAUAGUGGUCGCCCAGGGCUUGAUGGUAGCGUCUCUGAUACUGACUCUGAUCGGGCUGGCCACGGCAACCCCCGGGGUAAGGUGCUGGACAGACCACCCGAACUGGACAGUAGCCGGGCUGGGGGGAAUACUCAUCUUUCUGUCGGGAGUCAUGACGAUCAUCCCUAUUGCAUGGUACACUCACAUCCUCAAAAGCAUCGCAGCAUCCAGCACCGACAUUCGCGUCGGCUACUGUAUUAUUUUGGGAUACAUCGGGGGCAUCUUCGAGCUACUGGGCGGCUUGGUCAUGUGCAUCGGGAUGUGUCGUUGCUGUGGCGGUAAGAACCGCGGAGAGACGCGAAUCUCGGAGACCACCGCACACUUCAGAAACACCAAACCCCCACGGCGCCGCAUCGAGGUGCCUAGCAUCGCCCGAACCCUGAGCAGCGCUAGCAGCGUCCCCUACUCUAAAGACUCCAUGGAAGACGAGGCGGACUUCCCCCGGGCAAAGAGCACCUCGUACGGAGGAAGACGACCUGCUUAUGACGCUGAUCUGUGA